AUGGAGAGGAAGAGGGAGAGGGAUGAGGAGGAGAAAGACUGGGGGGACCAGGAGAAGGAAAGAGUCUGGAGUACUGAGGAGGAGGAGGAGGGAGGGAGGAAGGCCGGGCCAGGUGAGCGCGUGGAGGGGGUGACAGCCCAGGACGUGCUGCUGGUCCACUCGUGCCGCCAGUGGACCACGGUGACAGCCCACAGCCUGGAGGAGGGGCACUACGUCAUCGGGCCCAAAAUCGACAUCCCGCUCCAGUACCCAGGGAAAUUCAAGCUGCUGGACCAGGACCGGGACCUCCGUGAGCCCGUGCAGUAUUUCAACAGCGUGGAGGAGGUGGCCAGCAUCUUCCCAGACCGCAUCUUCGUCAUGGAGGCCAUCACCUUCAGCGUGAAGGUGGUGUCGGGGGAGUUCAGCGAGGACAGCGAGGUUUACAACUUCACGCUGAACGCGGGGGACGAGCUGACGCUGAUGGGGCAAGCGGAGAUCCUGUGCGCCAAGACGGUGAAGGAGAAGUCGCGCUUCAACACCCUGCUGCGCAAACUGGGCAAGGCGGCCCCGGCGGCGGGGGCGCGGCAGGUGAAGGGCAAGAUGCCGUGCCUGAUCUGCAUGAACCACCGCACCAACGAGAGCCUGAGCCUGCCCUUCCAGUGCAAGGGCCGCUUCAGCACGCGCAGCCCGCUGGAGCUGCGGCUGCAGGAGGGCGAGCACACCAUCCGCAGCAUCAUCGAGAAGGUUCGGCUGCCCGUCAACGUGGCCGUGCCCAGCCGGCCCGCCCGCAACCCCUACGACCUGCACGCCAUCCGCGAGGGCCACUGCUACAAGCUGGUCAGCAUCAUCUCCAAGACGGUGGUGCUGUGCUGCAUCCUGCGCCGCGAGGAGCUGGUGCCCUUCCAUUUCCUGCUGCUGACCGACAUGCCGCGCUUCCAGCUGCCCGAGGGGCUGCUGGCCGGGGACCCGCAGCUGGAGAAGCUGCUGCGGGACAGCGCCGCGUAUUGCCACGACCGCUUCAACCCCGACGAGUACUCGCGGGCGGUGCGCGAAGCCAAGCCGGACUUGCUGGAGGAGUGCGCGAGCCCGCGGCGCCUGCGGCUCUGCCUGCCCGCCUGCGCCCGCGACGAGCUCAGCCAGCCCCUGCAGCGCCUCUCGCUCUGCGCCUGCGGCUCCGGGGGUCCCCGGGAGCCCCCCGGCCGCUGCCAGCCACCGCGGGGGCUCGCCCGGGGGCUCGGCGGGGGCGCCCCGCGCCCGCCGCUGCCCGACUUCCCCGACCCCGAGCGCGAGUACAUGACGCCCGACUGGGCCGAGCCCGAGUUCAGGACUCAGGAGCCGCUGGAGAUUCCCUACGAGGAGCUGUGGAGCAAUCCCAGCCCGGAGAGCUGCUGCGAGCCGGGCGGCGGCGGCGGCCGGCCGGACCUCGUGUCCUUCGGGGCUGUCACCCCGCGGGGCUCCCCGCACCGCCCCGGGGACGAGCCCCGCGGGGACACCCCGCCCCCGGUGCCACCCAAAUCGGAGGCGAUCCUUGGGGACAUCCUGAGGUACCCCCGGUUCCCCAGGGCUCUCUGCACCAUCGAGUACCCGAAGCUCUUGGGCUGCCCAGAACCGUGGGGUACCCAGGUCCUCUGGGCUUCCCUACGCAAUGGGCCCUUGGACGGGGACGGCAUCGUCAUCCGUGGGGCGGCCCCGCUGUCCCCCGCCGUCCUGCGCGGGGCCGAGGGUGUCACCCGGCUGUACCUGGCCCAGGGGGUCAUCGAGGUGCCACCGGCGGCGCGGGGCGAUGGGGGAGCCCCUGCGGCCGCGGCCCGGCCCGGCGGGGACAGCCCGGCCUGGCUGCCCCCCGCGGAUCUGUCGGCCCUGUCGCUGGAGGAGGUGUCCAAGUGCCUGCGCUUCAUCGGCCUCUCCGAGGACGUCGUGAGCUUCUUCGCCCGCGAGCGCAUCGACGGCAGCAUCUUCGUGCAGCUCAGCGAGGAGAUCCUGGCCGACGAUUUCCGCCUCACCAAGCUCCAGGUGAAGAAGAUCAUGCAGUUCAUCAAGGGCUGGCGCCCCAAGAUCUAGUGCCACGCCGGGGGGGGUCCCCAAAUCACCUGGAUUAGGGCUCUGGGUGGCCCCACUCCCGUCCCUCUCUGAUGCUGCAGGUUCCCCUCCCCCCUUGCCCAGCCUCCCCUCUUUCCCCGUUUUAACACUGGACAGUAAUUUUGGCCCCAACGGGCUGGAAAACACUGGAUUUUGCGUCGGCUGGUUUAACUUAAUCCUUGUGGAUUAGCAUAAUAAAUGUACGGGAGAGUAAUGAGCCCCCGGAGAAGGCCUUUGCUCAGGGAGGAGGGGAAGGGGGGAGGAUGGAUGCUCUGAGGGGUCUCGCCCCUCCUUGCAGACCCUUCCCAUCUCCUGGGAAAGGAUUCAUGUCCCCCUCCAGGGGCAGAUGCUGCUGCCAGAGCUGUUCCUGGGGGGCCUGCAAGGAAGCCCCCUCAGCCUGAGGGAUCCCAGGCCCUGCUCCCAGAGCAGGGGCAGGUUCUGGGAAUGCUGAACUCCCCAGGAGGGCUGAUGGCUGGUUACCAGCCCUGUGCCUCCCCCAGCACACAGCAGACGCAGAUGAGAUGAUGUCUUGGCCCAGUUUUGGUCUGGGAGGUUUGAAGGACAGGCAGAGGUGACAGGAAGAGCAGCAGCAUUCAGCUCCUGGCCCAAGGCCUGCCAGGGAGCAGGAAAAUGGCUGGAAGCUGGAAAGGAAGCCAGGGAGGGGGGGCAGAGCAGUGACAGGCGCCUGGAGAUUUAAAGCCUUUUAGUUUAACUUGAUCUCUCCCCACGGGGGGCCCUUCUGGCCCUUGGCUGCUCCAUCUGCAAUUACAGGCGGGUCCAUCUGCCAGGAGCACCUGCCAGGAUCACCCUGCAGCAGAGGGAGCUGCAGGCUCCUCACAGCCCCCGAGUGAUGGCAGAGGUGACAGUGCUCUGUCCUGCACUGCUACCACCCUGCCCCUCCAUGGGACCCAGCACACCAUGGACAGGACCAGUCAAUUCUGACUCAAACCCUUCCCUCAGGGAGAUGGGAGGAGAAGCAGGAGUCCAAACCCAGGAGAUGGGGCUUUAUUUUGGUGGAUGUUUAUGGAAAGGCAAGGCCUCGGUUCCAGCCACAAGCUGGAUGCUACUGGCCAGACUGGGAGCUCGGGAGGCCACGGCACGGAGGUGGAGGCAGCAGGAAUUCCCUCCCCCAGCACCGAGCCCCCAGGCCCAGGCUGGCACAGGACGGAUGUGCCCAACACACAGUGGCUGA